GGAAGCGGGCGGAGGGAGAACGGGCCGCUCCGACACAAACUUCAGCCCAAACUUUGCCUCCGCUCCUCCGCUUUGUUCCGCGGUGACGCUCGGGACUGAGGCCGGGAAAAGGGGCGCCCCUGUCGGGUAAACAUGUCGGAGAGAGCCCGGGGCCAGCGGAGGAGGUGAGCGGGAGAGGAUGGAGGUGUCUGGGGAGAGGGAGGACGAAGAUGGUGCCGCGGAGGAGAGUUUGCCCAUAAUGCACUGGGAGGAACUGAACGCUCGCAUCGAAGAGCUGGAGAGACAGGAGCAGACCACACAGGGGGCGGCACUGAGGCGAGUUUGGUACGAAGACCAAGAGGAAGACCGCAAGAAGAAAAGGCUCAGCUCCCGGUUACAGAAGAAUCUUCAGUUGUGUUUCUAUAAUGAUGAAGACAGUGAGGACGAGGGCGGGGCCAAAGGAAAGGUCCCGGUUGGCUGUGGUCUCAAACAGGAGGUGGUUGUGACGCUGAGGGCGCUUCGGGACAAACGACUGGACGAGCUCCGGCGGGAAACUGACCACAAGUCCCAGGCGUGUUGGGCUCCUCUGGUUCGGUCUGAACUGGAGCAGAGGACACUUCAAGAACUACAGGAACUGAGGACGUCUCUGCAGAAAGACACUCACGAUCUGAGCGCUGGACUCGUUUCCGUCCUCCUGAUUCGGGACCAACUCAGAACCGAACAAGAGGCUCUGCUACUGGACCUGCUGGACCUCACAUGAACCAGGACUGGACCAGGACUGGACCAGGACUGGACCAGGACUGAACCAGGACUGGACCAGGACUGAACCAGGACUGAACCAGGACUAAAGCAGGACUGAA